CCUGACUCCAGCCGGUGUCCGGGCGGCUGUGCGAGGGCAGAGCGAAGCCACUCCACGAUCGCUCGGCACCAGACGGCAGCGGCAUGGCGCUCCGGGGAGCCUGCCUCCUCCUCUGCCUCCUCCUCUGCCUCCUCUCUCUCGCCCAGGUCUCCGGCCAAGUCCGGCAGAAACCGGCGGCUUCCAAGAAAGAGGGUGUGAACCUCAAAAUGAUUGAAGACCUGAAGGCCAUGAUUGACAACAUCUCUCAGGAGGUUGCUCUACUGAAGGAGAAGCAAGCGCUCCAGACAGUUUGCCUGAAAGGCACCAAAAUUCACCUAAAAUGCUUUCUGGCGUUUUCGGACACCAAGACGUACCACGAGGCCAGCGAAAACUGCAUCUCACAGGGCGGCACGCUCAGCACCCCCCAGAACGGGGAGGAGAAUGAUGCUCUCUAUGACUACAUGCGCAAGAGCAUCGGCUCGGAGGCAGAGAUCUGGCUGGGCCUCAAUGACAUGGCAGCAGAGGGCAAGUGGGUCGACAUGACAGGCAGCCCCAUCCGCUACAAGAACUGGGAGACUGAAAUCACCACCCAGCCCGACGGCGGCAAGCUGGAAAACUGUGCAGCUUUGUCGGGGACCGCCAUCGGCAAGUGGUUCGACAAGAGGUGCAGAGAACAGCUGCCCUACAUCUGCCAGUUCAUGAUCGUGUAGCGGCAGGGCCUCCCCCAUGCCCGCCCACGGCCCAUGUCUUCCCACUCAGCAGCAGGAUUAUGAAGCUAUAGGUGUGUGUACGUGCACGUGCACAUGUACGUACGCACACCCGUGCGCACGUGUCCAAGUAGAGUCACUCUUCGCAAAGAGAGUCGUCGCGGCUCAGUGUCAGAUUGUAGAGCGUUAGAGCAUUUCAUUUGGCCAUAACCAGCCCUCUUAGCAGCUGCACUGUUCUUUCUAAGGCAUGAUUCAUAGAUAUAUUUUUUUACACAGGGAAUUUAUUAGGAUGGCUCAGUUAUUUUGGCAAAGAACCAGUGCGGCAGUCCAGCCUAGCAUACAGCUGCCUCAGCUGCCCAGGGCUGUCACUCUGCAAUGUCCUUUCCCAUCUUGCUGAGCUUUGUUGGGACACCAGCAGAGCUAAUUUCUUCUUUCUUCUCUUGUUUUCCUUCCCCAAAAACCUUGGCAGUGAUCUGUGGGAGCUCCUUGUUCCUCAUAGUGCCAUGAUUCAGCCUGCUGAGGAUCAAGGUCCUGUCUCAAUGAGUGGAGGGAGUUAUUCCUGCUUUGCGUUGACAGAUACAAUUGGGCUUAUUUGGCAGAGUACCAGCUGUUCAAUGAGUUGUCCAACUAGUUGAGUUAUGUGCAUGAACAAAUUAGCAAGUUACAGACAUGUUUGGUCCUUUCCUCAUCUGCCAGAAGCCAGUUUCACUGACUUCAGUGGGAGAACAACACCCACUGCCAGAUCUUUUAAUGAAAAAAUCCCAUCAGCAGCUUUAUUUAUGCUGCAGCAUCAUGGUGGAAGCAGCAAUGACUUGCAACCUAGUUAGUCAAAUAUAUUAUUAAAAUAGAAGAUGAACGUAUUACGUAAAUAACAUAAACAUAAUGCUAUUAGGGAAUACACUGCUAUAUAAAAGCAAUGGUGUAUUGAAAACAAACUCCAGGACAACUCACUUCAGCAGCUUUAGGAAUAACCUGACCUGUUUAUGUGAUGAGAACCCAGAUGAAAUAGUCCUGUUGCUAGUCCAGACACAGUCCUUGGCAAGCAUAAAUCUGCUGAGCGCUGUGCCAAUAUAGUCAUGCCCAGUUGAAGGUCUGGCCUCAGUAAUUUUUUACUGAGACAUGAGUAAAAGAAUAGAAAUAAAUUUAAAUUAACAGCAAUGAUGGGAAAGUAGUGCAGAUCACCCCGGCAGCUUAAUGAAGCUCUGCUGGCUGAAAUGUAUCAGAGAUUCUUCGCAGUCUAGUGCUUGGUAAUAACCCCUCCAGUUUGGCUAACAUCCCUUGUGCUUCCAGGUUAGGGGUGUCAAGACAUGAUGCUGUUGGGGAACCCACAGGAUAGGUAUUCCAAUUUGCUGCUUUGUUUAAAAGCAGCAUGAUGGUAGGUCUUCCAAGACAUCAAGUUUGAGCCAAGCUGGAAACACACAUACGCAAAUGCAGAGUGCACGCUUCUGAGGCUGUCACUAUUGCCAAACUCUCUGCUGUUCAAAUGACUAUAAAAUAAAAAUAUCUACAUAGCUUGCUGAAG